AUGGUUAACACGGUUUCAGGACAUGGAUUUUGUGUCUAUGCUAAAGAUAUUGAUGCUAUAGGAUCAAUCAUGGGUUUUGAGCAUAGGGUAGAUUUGAGCAAGGAGUUGCUGGCUUCCUCAACUAGUGCAAUGGCAAUUGGUAGAUUGCUUGGAAAUGAUGCUAGGGCAAGCAGGACUUCAGUUGGUGGAAAGGGUUUGGACAUGGGUCCAUCAAAACGUGAGCUAGCAGUGAAAAGGGAAGUGAAGUCACGUCUUUUUGACAUCAUUAGGUCCUUAGUCCCUUCAAGAUUAUACUUGGCAUUGAAGGGUGCUGCAUUUCAUGAAUAUAUUUCUUCAUUGGGAUGGAUUUCAAGAUCAGAAGCUUCCCGCUUAUCAGUAGGCAUGGGCUUGACAAAAAGGAGGACACGAGGUGCUUGCCAUUACUUGAGUACUGGUGCACUACUGUUAUCUCCCGAAGAUAUUUCAUUGUUGGAUCAAUAUAACUUUUAUGGCAAGUUAUCAUCCAACAGCUGAUGCUAGUCAGAAAAUCACAAUUGAGGGAAACUAACAAGAUGGACAUGGUAACAGCUGCUAUGGAUAUUUAAAUGGAUCAGGGAAGUCGAAUAUCAUUCAGCAGACGUUAAGAGUGUAGGAUGUGAUACUAGUAAUUAUUGGAAAAGAAAUGUCUGGAACGGCCGUCAUUUUUUGGUCCAACCUUAAGUCUGAUUAACAUGCCUCAACAUGUGAAUGGAGGGAGCUAAUCUCUUUGCUUACUGAUUAUUGCAUUGUCAUUAUGGAGCUUUGAUCCUCCCUUUGAGAUAUUGGCAAGGUAUGCCUCCUUUUACAGGCAAUUUUGAAAAGAGAAUCGAACUUGCUGAACCGUUUCUUGGGUUCCUGUCAAUUAUUGUUAUCCUAAGAUUAGGUGUAACAAAUUUUUGGAUGUUUUUAGCUUCAAAGGCUUAGUUAAUUAACCACAGUAGUUGCGAUUAUAUUUUAUAAUAUUAACAAAU